CAUCCCUUGAAAGCCACGGUCCAGGAACCAGCAGCUCCUAAGGACCCCCCCCUUCUCCAGAUGUUGGCUCCAGAGCAGAUCCUCUUGGGGUUCCCUCCCCUAUAAAUAAGGCCUGUGUCAUUCCCCCCAUCUUUUUUUUCUUUUAAAGCUUUGCUCUCCCCCCUCUCUCUCUCUGCCCACUUCGCAGGAGACAAGGAGUUAAAAAAGAGCCUCAGCCACGGUUCUCCUUCUGAUGAAUAUUUAACAGCCGCCAGGCUGAAUCUCCAGAUUUCUCCUCCGUGCGUUUUUGACAGCGUCGGAGGCCGAGGGAACCACCUCCAUCCCUGUCGGGGUGAAGCAAAGCCCUCCACGGUGUUCCUUGGGGUUUUCCGAGGUGGCAGCCAAGAACCAAGGACACACGCCUGCCUGCCUGCCUCUUUGCUGGAGUCUCCCCAUCUGGAAUUCCCAGCAGAGUUUCCCCCCCCCCCCAGGUCUCUCAGGCUGGGAGAGAAAAAUGUCAGAGCUUCUGGGAAUAACUUUCCUGGCUCUUUCUUGGAUGGCUCAUGCGGAGGCAACAGGUCUUUGGUGCUAUGAUUCCCUGGAUCCUAAAUGUGGCCCUUCCCACUGGAAGGAGAUCACAUCAGGAUGCGGGGGACAGAACCAGUCUCCCAUUAACAUCGAUCGAAGAAAAGUGCGACAGGACCGGAGCCUGGAUGAAAUUCUGUUUGAAGGCUACGACCAGGCGCCCCCGGGCAGAUGGAGACUCUUGAACAAUGGCGACGAAGUCAAAAUGACCUUGGAUGGAGCCUCUGCUGCCGAGCAAAUCAACAUCACCAGAGGAGGCCUGAGGGACACCUACCGGGCCUUGCAGGUCCACUUCCACUGGGGGGACCUUAAGAGGAAUGGCUCCGAACACUACAUUGAUGGGAUACAGUAUCCCAUGGAACUGCAUAUCGUACACAUGAACAUCAAAUGCAAAACCAUCAAUGAAGCUAAGCAACAUCCAAAUGGGUUCGCUGUCCUGAGUUUUCUGUUCAAGGUAGCAGACACUGAUAACACUAAUUACAACACUGUCGUUGCCAGCCUGAGAAACAUCACUCGUGCAGGAGAAUAUGUUGACAUGGCAUCCACCUUCUCCUUGAGCAAUCUUCUCCCCAGCUUAGCUUCCUUGUCCAAAUAUUACCGUUACAAAGGAUCUCUCACCACACCAAACUGUGAUGAAGCGGUCACCUGGACAGUAUUUGAAGAGCAGAUCCCCAUCAGCAGAUCUCAGCUGAAUAUAUUUGUGGACACCACGUACUUCAAAAGUUCAGCUGGCACACCACAGAAAAUGGUCAACAACUUCCGUCCUUUACAGCUUCUUAAUGGCCGCACGGUCUAUGCUUCCCGUGAUGCCACCAUCAGUGGCGGCUCUUCUCUUGUUGCCAGUGUAUUUCUUCCUCUGCUCUUGUCUUGUUUGGUUGGCCAAUUCUCUGGCUCCUCCUAGCUGUCUGAGCGAAUGGCCGGGCUCAGUCAUGAAUCCAUUAUAGAUCUGUGGUACCUUCCUAGGUGUGGUUCUUCAGUGUGACGCUUCCCUAUCUGAGCUGAGCGAGGCACAAGUCCAAAAUCGUGGGGUGUUUGAUUGAUUUAUGAGAAAAAGCUCAGGGACAAUUGUAUUGCAAUCAAAGGCGUCCGAUUCAUGACUGCCACCGUAAAUGGGACCAACAAUGAAACAAGAUAGGUGGAAAGCUUUCACCUUGGCCAACGGAUGAGUGGUCCUCAUGCCAAGCAGAAGAAUGACACACAAGGCACCUUCUGCCAGCAUGGGAAAGGAAGGUCUGAAAUUAUGUAAAUUGAAGUUCUAAUGAAUAAAUUCAGAGUUCUUAAUUUUUCCACGACGAGGCUGACUCAAUUUCAUUCGUCCCAACCGCCAGCUUAGACUACUUGCCGCACCAGAAUUGAAUCUCUGGAAACAAAACAAUCAAGAGGGUUGCUGUUCUACUUUUUCAUCAGGGUCACUGGGGCAGUGGGGAGGGGGGUCCCCUCUCUGCCACCUAAACAUCCAUUCCAAGAAAAGCCAAGAUCAGUAACAAACUUCAUAACAAAUAAUGGGGGGGAUCAGAAACAAACUUCAUAACAAAUCUGAGUUGAAUCCCAUCAAAACCACCGUAAUCUACCUUAGGGACCUAUCACUCAAAUUGUAGACACUGCCACAGGGGCAGAGCGUCCUCUAGGAGAGUCCCAAAACUCAAGAUGGGGGCCACAUCGUCACAUGUUGAAAAAAAGGGUGGGGCUUCCUUUACACGAACGGAGGUGAGGUGCAGGCAACCAAAAUCACUCGCAAACAGUCUCAAGCAGGAACUUUAUCGCUGUUCACCUAUGUUACAAGAAUGUCACCAAACUGACUGCAUUUCCUGGAGAAUUGGUCAUAUAAGGCUUCAGGAGUUCUGGGGAGGCCAGGCCUUUGCUGCUUUCUGCAUUGGAAGGACUUCUCUUAACACUUCCUUCCAGUUUAGAGGGAGAUGAUGGACGUAGAAAGUUCUUCCAGACGUAUCUGGAGAUGAAUCGAAGCUGGCUUGGCUUGAUUUGAAUGAACCCUAAGGCCUUGUUCCUAAGUAGGGCUAUUCUCCCUAUAAUCCUACCUUCUCUCUGGCUUUUUCUUCCUCCCUUAAAAUGGGAAAUAAAUCACAUUAUGCCACUGGGCUUGAGUUAGUUGAUGAGAGACCUGGGGGUGGUCCUCCAGCUGUGGUGAGACUCCAGAGCCUAUCCAGUGGUGGAGGAUGCUAGCUUUUGUAGUUCAGCAGCAUCUGAAACCAUUUCAGAUUCCUCCUGAGGCUGUAGAGAAAUCUAAGGUUGUAAUUGCCUUGUUUUAACGCACUGUAUUGAUACUGUAGACGUGUAUGAAGCGCUGUCGUGAUCCUCUAGGGAUCCUUUCGCCAGUCGCCUCCUUCGAGGGCUGAUAUAAUUCACUCCAUCGCUGAAAUUCAUCGCCCUUCUUGUGGGCAACUCAGCUCUUCUUUGCAGCUCAGUUUUCAAAGGGGUUUUGAGCGCAAAAAUCCCACGGGGGGGGGGGGACGAACCAAUCUAUAAAUCAACCCCUCCUCCUACAACCCGCUGCAUUACCGCUCAGGAAAUAAGAGAAGCCAGGCCUGCUGAGUUGUUGUUUUUUAUUUUUAUUUUUCUAGAAAUAGCAGACCUAUUAAGAAGAGACAUCCACAUCCCUUUCUCUUGGUCUUAAUUAUAGAUUUAAAUUUAGCCCCAAGGAAAACGUGGCUAAAGUUAGCUUUGGGAAAGGCCAUUGCCUUCCUCUUCUGUUUUUUUACACAUGAGCAAAAAACAAACGCUUGUGCUUUAGGGGGUCUUCUAUCAGGCUGUUUUGAUUUAUGGAUUGCUAAGGGGUGUGUGUGUGUGUGUGUCCAAAUUCUGUUGAAAUUCUAUCCUGUAAAUGGGAUGUGGCUUGAAAGCAUGGAGAGGACUAGUUUGUGUUCUACAGAUAGUCAUCGAUUUUAAACCCCUAUGUUUAGCGACCAUUCAAAAUUGCAAUAGGACUGAAAAAAAAA